CCUCCGCCCCCCCUCGGCGGCGGCCCGGCCCCGCGCGUCCUCCGCCGCGUCCCCGAGGCCGCGCCCCGCGCGCCCCGCGCCGCGGCCGACAUGAGCUUCUUGUUUGGCAGUCGCUCCUCUAAAACUUUUAAACCAAAGAAGAACAUCCCAGAGGGGUCUCACCAGUAUGAACUCUUAAAACAUGCAGAAGCUACCCUUGGCAGUGGCAAUCUUCGCAUGGCAGUCAUGCUUCCUGAGGGGGAGGAUCUGAAUGAGUGGGUUGCAGUCAACACUGUGGAUUUCUUCAAUCAGAUCAACAUGCUUUAUGGAACCAUUACAGACUUCUGUACAGAAGAGAGUUGUCCGGUGAUGUCAGCUGGACCAAAAUAUGAGUAUCAUUGGGCAGAUGGAACAAACAUAAAGAAGCCUAUUAAGUGCUCUGCGCCAAAAUAUAUUGAUUACUUGAUGACCUGGGUUCAAGACCAGUUGGAUGAUGAGACAUUAUUUCCAUCAAAAAUUGGUGUUCCAUUCCCAAAGAACUUCAUGUCUGUGGCAAAAACUAUACUUAAACGUCUCUUUAGGGUUUAUGCUCACAUUUAUCAUCAGCAUUUUGAUCCUGUGAUCCAGCUUCAGGAGGAAGCACAUCUCAACACAUCUUUCAAGCACUUUAUUUUUUUUGUACAGGAAUUCAACCUUAUUGACAGAAGAGAACUUGCACCACUCCAAGAACUGAUUGAAAAACUCACCUCUAAGGACAGAUAAAAGGAUGCAAGAAUGUGAAAGUUGUUUCUCAUGUGAAGCAGUGUGGAGUGCAUUUGGGUUUUUGUAGUAUUUCAUUUGGAUUGUUCUUGUUGGGUUUUGGGGAUUGCUUGGGUUUCCUUUUCUUUACUUUGAAUAUAUGAAACCAUCUUCUAUUGCUACUGGAAGCCAAGAACCAUUUGCUACAUUUGAAAGGGGUAAAUUUUGUCUUAGUGGAAUACAGUAUUUUGUUUUAAACCUGGCUUUGGUUACUUAAGGACUUUCUUAAAAAAGAAAAUUGUGUGUGGAAAAAAAGCUUACUGACUGAACUGCUGAUGUGUUGGGGUCUGUGUUGUGUAAAUUGUGGCCCAUUUUUGAAGUCUCCAAAAGAUUUAUGUUUUUAAGUGCCUUGGCAGGCUCACUUCUGAGGUGCAAAGCACGGACAUAGACCUGAACAGAACUCAAAAUAAUAUUAGGAUUACUACCCAGGGCACUUACUGGUGCAUGUUGUAAAAUAAUAUCAUAAAAGCCAUAGUUUGCCUAAAUUGAUGAUCUCCAGCUUUUACUACAUUGAAAAAAACAUAGUUUGUAAAGGUGUGCAUGUAGAACAUAAAAAAUGUAAAACAAAAAUUAUUUCUUAAUUAUUUUUUAUAUUGACAGUAACACAUUCUGUUCAACAAAUGCUUAAAGUUCUACAAGCAGGUCUUUUUCCAUCUCUUAAUAUCUGUGAUAUUGAAACUUGAAGAUGUUGAAAUGUAAUACCUGUUGCAUUUUGGCUUCUUUCUACAUAUUAACUGCACUGUAAGUGUAAAACUUCAGGUUAUAUAUAAGGUUGCAUCUUCAGAGGUGACGCUGAACUGUGAGGUUUCCUAGCAAUUGCCAAAUGAGCCAUACGUCUGCAGAAUCCCUUUCUACUUCAAAGAGGAGGGAAAAGGAGAGUGUGCUUGAUUUGAAGUAGGUUGUUAAGGGAAUUAGAGAUAGGAUUAAGUAUGGAGAGUCAAGUGGCUAGAAAGUCCUAUCUUACAACCCUGAUAUAGAAUGGUAUGAGGUUUUAAUAAAUUACUUGUAAACAGUCUUAGAGACUUCCUUUUAGAAAUCAACUUCCAUGAGAAGUUAAAAAUAAAUUAUUAAUUUUAGGUACAAAUAUUAACCAUAGGAAAUUGGUCACUUUGUAGCAUUUCCAUUCAGUGAAUGGAGUUGGUGUUUUCCUAUCAUUUUAAAAUGAUACAGUACCUUUUUUGCUUAUUUUAGGCCCAGUUUGAAGCAUUCUGACUUCUGAUUUUUCCACUGUGAAAGGAAAUAUUUUUCUUUGCAGUAAUAUCAAACAAUGAAAAAUGCUAACGUAGUAGUUAUACUUUUAAAUUUGCUAUGACUUCUAGUGAGUUACUACUAUCAAUAACUUAGUUUUUAGAAUAAAUGCUGUUUUUUUCCUUCAGUUUCAUUUUUGAGAGACCUUUUACAGAUUUUGAAUUCUCAGAUUUUUUGUUUUGAUAAAUCUGCUUCCUCAGAAGUAUAUACUAUUCCUUCCAUUAGAAAUAUAUACCUUUUCCCUGGCAGGCUAGAAAUGCUUGUUCUGAAAUUGUAUAGCUUCUAACCACUUAGCAGGAAAGAAUCUAGAGUGAAGUAAAUCUGUUUCUGACAUUCAACUGUGAUAAAAUGAAAUGCCCUUGCAAUAAUAAUUACUGGAACUGCCUUUUUCUCCAUUCAUUUCUAUCAUUUUUUUUUACCUACCAAGUACUAAUAUAUAUCAGGAAACCCAGCAGAGGCAAAUAUAUUGUGCAUUUAUUGGUAAUACUUAGGAGAGCUAGCUGAUUCCUUAAAACAUGUUUCAGUAUUUGAAGAAAUAUCAACCAUUGUUGGCUAAUUGAGAAAUAAAAUGUCAUAAUUUUUCAGUUCCAUCUACUAUAGGAAUGAAGCAAAAUGAUAAGUCAAAUUGUCUUCCAUGCUGCUUUUGACUUUAUUAACAACCUAGUAAUGAAAGAGUUGAAAUAGCCAAGUGUAGGGUGAAAAGUUUUUCUUGUUCUUUUUUAAGCCUUAUAUAGUAGUACAGUAUGAAAAUGGAAAAAUAUUCUGUAAAUUAUGAUUGGUACUAGGGUUUACUUUCCUAAUAUAUGUAGAUAGGAUUUUGUUUUCACUGUACCAGAAUCUCAGGUGCCGGUUUCCAACUUAAUCAGUGAUUGGGAAGGAGGAGGUCUGUCUGCUUAUGGUAACAAAGCAUCGAAAUUCUCCUAGGGAGUGGCUUUGCCUUAGUCUAUGGUGUCAGGUGAAAGAAAG